AUGGUCGCCUUUAGACGUUAUUCUUGCGGUCUUCUGGCCCUCUGGGCGUUCGUGCUGGCCUUCGCCGCAAUUGCUUCUGCGGACUCUGUCUUCGGUCAUCAGAAGCCCCAGUCGGCUGACUUUGCGGGGUCUGUUGAUCACAACGAAACACUACUCUAUGCAAGAGGCUCAACUGCUUUGUGCAAGGUUUACGUCACUCAGUCUGGCGACAAUUGUGACUCCAUCGCGAAGAAAAAUGGCAUCUCGGUCGCUCAGCUCACUAGCUUCAAUGCUCGCUCUUGGCGCUUCAAUUGUGCUGCUCUUCCACAGGGCGCUACAAUUUGCAUCGGCCCUGGAGAGCCUCCCAUGCCCACGGCAAAAGGUGAUGCAGUUUGUGGUCCGUUGAUGCCUGGAUCCAUGAGACCUGAUAACUGGGCUGAUCUCGCAUCGAUCAAUCCCUGCCCAAAAGACAAAUGUUGCACAGUUGAUGGCUUUUGUGUCUCGCCGUCGGGAAACAAGUGCACUUCUCAGGACCAAGCCUGUGUGUCGAAUUGCCAGCUCGGGGCACCAAAGGCUCCAAAUCCUCCCCCUGCUGCAAAGCCUACCGUCAAUAUACCGGUCCUUCCUUUUGCAAAGCCAAAUCCCAAAGAGAGAACAACCAUGACCAAAUUUCCAAUCACCACAGCGCCGGGUAUCACUACAGCACCAGCCAUCACCACGGCACCAGGGACUACCAAGAACGUCCCAAAGCCCCCAAGCACUACAUCCAAGAAAAGCGAAGUCGCAUCAGUCACCUCAGUGAAUGGACCUGCUUGGACACUUGUUGCUUACACCAGUACAAUCUGCGAUGGUGAAUACUACGUGAUAAGAGGCCACGCAGACAUGGACAAAAAGUGCAUUGACUUGCCCGGAGACUACUACACCGGGGCUGAUGAAGUUGCUGGCGUGUAUUGCAAGCACUUCACAGAUGGUGGUUUCCGCUCAGGCUCUUGCGCCACGGGAAUUACUCGCACGAUCUAUUCGUGGAAUCUCAGGGGAGGUGUUUGCACAGCAUCCGAUAGUUCCUGCGAAGAUGGUGGCGGCCGGUCUUUCCAGAUCGAUGCUUAUGAUGGCGGAUGUCAAAUUGACUAUAGUGCGGAGCACGUUGAGUUGAAGUGGCGCUCUAUCCGAUGCCAGCUCCUGUGA